AUGGCGGAGGCCGCGGCCGCAGGAGCGACGCCUCUCCUCCGCAACCUCCCCGAUGAGAUCGUGCUCUGGGAGAUCCUCGCCCGCCUUGACCCCAGAUCGCUCAUCCGCUGCCGCGCCGUCCGCCGCGCCUGGCGCCGCGCCACCUCCACCCGUCGCUUCCUCCUGGCCCACCACGCACGCCAGCCCGCAUUCCCCAUCGCCGCCGACAACAGGUACCGUAACUUCCUCGCCUUCGACCACCGGUCCGCCGCCACCGCCGACGCCCAGUUCCACACCGUCGCCCGGCUUGGCGGGUCCUUCAGUCUGGAGCUCUGCUGCGACGGCCUCCUCCUCGUCGCCAAGUCUGGCAUGCUUGGCAAUCGCGCCCGCCUCGCCGUCUGCAACCCGGUAACGCGUCAGCACGCCUCCCUCCCGCCCCUGCCGGACUUCAACAUCCUGGGGAUGUACCUACACGGACCUACCGACGAGUACCGGCUGUUACUGCAAUGGAGGGGCGCAAUGGACUGGGGGGACGACAGUGACUUUGACUCGCCUACAGGCAAAAAUGGCUGCUAUGUCUUUGCGCUGGGAUCCGACCAGCCACCGAGGUACAUCGGGUUGUCGGAGCCCAAAUUCUCGUCGGCUUACUUCCACGGACCUGCCCGGGUGCGUGAUAGCCUGCAUUGGUGCCUGUUUUAUCGCCCAGGCGAGACCCCACUGGAGGAUUGUGAGGCUGGAUGGGAACUGGUGGUAUUUGACACCAUAGCUGAGUCAUUUCGGCAGAUGCAUGCUCCAGUUGAUCCCACCAAGUCAUGCAUCCUUGAGAUGGAUGACAUGCUUGGCAUCUAUUGCUGUAACAAGGCUGCGGAAGUUGUUGAUAUAUGGGUGUUGCCGAACUACGACAGUGAGGUUUGGGACUUGAAGUACCGGGUUGCAUUGCCGAUCGCAGAAAUCAGGGGAAAGCUUGAAGGCCAUGAUGGUGAGUGCUAUUGGUAUGUGACCGUUGCUUCGGGUGGUGGUGACGAGCUCUUGCUGGCCAGUUUUGGUCGUUCGCUGUUUUACAUUGACACUCAUGGCAAACUGGUUGCUAGCUUCCAAGACAUCUUUCCCUCUAGGCAUCGGCUCAAACAAACUCUUGUUCCGCAUGAUUUCUUCAGAACAGUAAAAGGUCAGGCUGUCGACGCUUCACCUUUCAUCUGA